UUGUGUCGCCGAAGUGUCGAGAGAGGGAAGGGCUUCCCGAAAAUGAGAGGGAAUCGGGUCUGGUUUGGGGAUUUAAGAUAGGGAAUUGGUACCAUUCGGUUUUUGGACGGUUAGGUUUUAAUUUCGGGUCGAAAUUAAGGAUUGGUUCGUGGUUCAACUCAAUUCGGUUAUUCCUUUGGUUAAGGUAGGUACAACCGGUAAAUACUUCAAAUGUUCUAGGGUUAAAUGUAAUUUCCGGCUUUUUAUUUAACUUACCAUUUUUGUUUUGUUUUCAUGUCUUACGGAGAUUAGAGAUAUAGCUGGGUGAGUAUAGGAGAUGAUGUCCCGUAUAGAGGAAGAGAUGGUUGAGAUGUUGCAAAUAGGUUUGGCUUGUGGUAACUUGAAGCCACAAGAUCGACAUAAUUCAGCAGAUGUGUUUGUAAAGAUGAUACAAGACAUAAUGAGAAACAACAUAAAUAAACUUUCAAUUCUUAAUCAAAAGCAUUGAUCUGAACGAUAAUAUUGACAAAAGAGAAUAUCGGAUUGGAAGAUGAUGAUCAGGAGAAAAGCUCUCUGAUGAUCUUUUUUUUUUGAAAAGGAACUCUCUGAUUAUUUUGAUAGAGUCGUUGGAGAGAUGACAACCAAAGCCAAUAAGAAAUCAAUUAAAUCUUAUUCGGUGGGGAAGAUAUUGAAGGAGAAGCAGAAGACCCAUAAGGUUGAGGAGACAAGUCAAACGAGAACAUCUCUAAGAUUGUGUAAGCGUAGUUCUACUUAGUUUAAAAAAAAAUUACAUCGUCAAAGAUAUUUAGAUCUAAGGGUACAGUUCAUGAAAUGGAACUUAGUAUUUCGAUUGCUUAUAAAUCCACCUAUGUUGCAAUCCAUUAUUUCUAUAUAACGUUACUAACCGAAUGUGUUUAUAAACCUGUAACAAGAAAACUGUUGGCCCUGGAGCACCUUUUACGAAAGAGUCUCUUGCUGAAGCUAAGAUAAAAUUAGAAGCCUUGGACGAGAAAGAUAGGGAAAGAAGAAGAACGCCUGAGUUGAAAAACAACCUUGAAUAUUAUGUUUAUGCUACCAAAGAGAAGGUACAGAUCACUAUCUCGGCUACUUCAUUGUUCUUUUAAUGCUAAAAAUCGUCGCUUUCACUUUACCCAUAUUAUGAUGUUUUUAGUUCUAAUGCCAUUGAGUUUCAGGAGCGACUUGACUCACUAAAAGCCAUUGGCAGUCCCAUAUCUUUGCGGUUUGUUUUCUGCCCAUAUUUAGAUCGUGCCUAAACUUCCUGAAAAUGUUCUCACAAACCAUUUUUUAAAUAUAUGUACAGGUCAGAGGAGCUUACAGCACGACCAGUAGCAGUUGACUACACUCAGAAAUACCCAACCGAAGUGAAAGAGGUACAUUUUACAGUUUUCUCAUGAUAAACAAGAAACAAUCCGGCUGAGUUUCAACCACAUUGCAGAUCAUAAAAGAGUGGGAGACGAACAAAACUUGGCUCCCGAAAGUAAAACUCGACGAGGUGUCAAAGGAAGCGGAGAAGGUAAAAAGCUGGUUGGAGUAGAAUGACGCUGAGCAGAAAAAGUGAGUGUGAGAGUGUGAAAGUGAAGGACAAAAAGCAAAAACCAGUUUUCCCUGGUCUUCUUCCGCAAAACCCAUCUCAUACCGUCCUUCGGAUCAACCUCCACGAGGGCAAGUCAUGACCAAGUAUGAUCCUGUUGAGAUAUCUCCUAGGGAUAUCGAGUGGAUUGCAGAGGAUCAUGGGGCAGGUAAUCCAUAUGGUUACAGCGGACAGGCCAAUGUUCUGAGUAGAACUACAGGACCAAACAAUGUUCUACAAAAGGGAAGCAGUUUGGCUAAGACCUCUAUCAAAAACGAACUCAGACCAUCACAGAAUGGAACUGGGAAAAGGAACCAUGUCGAUAUACGAAUCAGUCGUCCGACCAGUGUCCUAAUCAGAGAGGUGGAGAGAGUUCGUGGUUCACACAAUCCAGAUCCUCAAGAAGUUGAAAUGGCAAAGAGAGUUUUGGAGGAGCAAGAACAUGCGCUUGUGGGUGCAAUAACAAAGCUUGGAGACAUAUCCAAAUGGAGAAAAUGGCAUGUGUUUAGUUUGCAGAGGAGCUUUGAUUAACAUAUUAUUUAUAUAUAAUAACAGAGUUUUAUUUGUGUGUGUGUGUUUUAAGUGUCAGUAAAGCCAAGCGGGGAUGAGCAAAUAGGAUUUUAUUCCUUUCUCAUCUUCUUCAUAUGGAUUUCGGCUUUCAGGCCUUACGUGGAUAAAACCAAAAAAAGUGUUUGUGGGAACAAUUUUUUUUUUUUUGUCAACUGAAAAGAUUCAUAAAUCUAAACGAAGAGUUUCAAUACAAAGUAGAGGGGAAAGAGGACAAAGCAGCCUUCGCAAGGGAGUCAGCGACUACAUUGUUCUCCCGACCAACAAAGGAAACAAAGAAGAAAUCAAAGCAAUAAGAUAGAGACUCGAUAUCCAUGAGAACCCCAAAGAGCUCCACCGGAUAUGACUUCGAGUUAACAGCUCUUGCGAGCUCUUGAGAGUCGGUACGAAACUAGACGUCGGUAACAACUGCGCGCUUUGCGUCCCUAAUAGCUUCCCUCAUGGCCAGCGCUUCUGCCAUAAGGGGGGAGGAGAUGAGUUCCAAGGAGAUGAGUUUGUGGGAACAAUAUAACUUCAUUUUAAGCCAAAGACCUUAGCAAAUAUAUAUACUUUGUCAACUUUUCAUUGAAAUGUUAAAAACAACAUUUUUGUAUAAAAUAGAGUAGCAUGUUUUAGUCAUAAAUUAACGAUGGUCAUCUUGUUGACCAACAUAAUACUGUAUCUAAUGAUUUGCUUAUUUGCUCCUUUUUUUUUCAGUUUGUAGAGUACAGUAAAAAAAAAAGGUACAAUAAUACUCCUUUUCUAUAUUUUUUUAUUAUUUUUUUUGUUCAACAUACUCCUUUUUUAUAUAUGUAUGGAUUUAAAGAAGGUGAGGUGCACUUGCUUCCAAGAAUUUUAUAACAUUUAUACAUGGUUAAAGUUAAUUUCGGAUAAUUGAAGAGAAUGCAUUCCUUUUAUUUGCACCCGAAAAAAUAAAGAAUUCGAUGUCUGAAGGCCCUGAACUUUGAAAAAUGAGAAAUUGCAUUGUAAAUGGCAACAAAUAAAAAACUAUUUCUAAUACUGUAUUUUUUUUUUAUAAUUAGGCAAUAUUUAAAAACAAUUCUAAUAUCUUAUUAAUAUUUUUAUACAAACACUAUCUGUUACUUUCUUAAAUAAUUCCUUUAUUGAUUAUCAUCAAAAUCACUCAUAAAAAAUAAUAUCUGAUUAGCCCUUCAUAACAAACGUGGUUGUGGUUCGGUUUUACCAUAUCGAACAAACCUAGGUUUACGGUUUGUGUAACAAGGACAAGGCUUCAAGAUGUUUACAUUUAAUUUUUUCGUGACGUUAUAAGAGAGCCGAUGGGACUCAGAACGGUGGCGUUUUGCUCUAUGUUAUUGAUAAACGAAACCGAAUUGGUACGAUCAAAACCAAACCGAGCAAGACAUUUGAAAUUUCGGAUCGUAAUUUUUGAUUGGUUUAAUUGGGUUGUUGAGUCUUGGCCUUUUAUAAUCGGACCAAAGUGCAUUUCUCUGCUGGGUAUAGAGGAAGAGAUGGUUGAGAUGUUGCAAAUAGGUUUGGCUUGUGGUGACUUGAAGCCACAAGAUCGACAUAAUUCAGAAGAUGUUUUGUAAAGAUGGUACAAGACAUAAUGAGAAACAACAUAAAUAAACUUUCAAUUCUUAAUCAAAAGCAUUACUGGUUCUUGCUAAAUGAACAUUAUCAUAAGCUAACUGAUUCCAUACAGACAAGAACCAUAGAGAAAGCAUUUGAAAACUUAGUUACUGAACAUAAAGAAGAUCUAACGAGAAGAUCGGAAAGGAUUGAUUGAUCUGGUUUUGACGAAGAUGAUGAUGAUGAAACAGGAGGAUCAGACAGGGCUAAGGAGUUGGAAGAGAUGUGGCUUAGGAUCGGAGUUCAUGCCGAUGACGAUGAUGAGAGGGAUGAAGCCGUAGUGAGUCGCGACUUUGGCCUUCUUCAGAGACCAAUUGGUCCAUUCCUUGAGGAGCUCCAAAGCUCCCCUCGAUCCUUUCCCUUUUCCUUUGAGCGAUUCCAUGGAUUCCGAUCUUAGAGGUUCUCUUCUCUGUCAAAAGUCUAUAGAGAUGCGCGUCUGCGGAGAUUUUUAGAGCUAUGCGUAGUCCAGAGAAGCCGAUAUUGACACUAAGCCCACAACUAAACAUCACAAGCCCAACUACAUUCGGCCGUAUUUAAAACACACAUACUAGAUAAUUUUUUUACAAUACAAAACCUGAUAAUGGUUAGUUUCCUUUUAUUUUUUGAACCAAAAAAACAAAAAGGUUAUUUUCCUUUUAUUUAUCAAAGUCGGUUUGUUACGGAAAAUUCGAGUAUUAUAAAAAGAGAGGUGGUCAAGGCUCUUAGUUCUAAAGCAGAGAGUAGAAUUAAAACCCUUAACUAUUCUGAUUCAAACCCAUUCGUUGUGUUGUGAAGAUAUGGCAGAACGCAAAGUCCUAAACAAGAAUUAUCCAGCAGACUUUGAUCAGAAGAAGAUACCUCGCCUUCUGAAACCGAAGAACCAUCAGAAAAAAAAUCGAUUUAUGCUUCCGGUGCCUGCUCGUUGCAACAAGUGUGGUAAUUACAUGUCGGAGGGCACCAAAUUCAAUAGACGUGUAGAACAAGUCACCGAAGAAACAUACCUAGGGAUUGAAAUUUAUAGAUUCUACUUCAAGUGCACAGACUGUUCCGCCGAUCUGACCAUUAAAACCGAUCCAAAGAACUGUGGUUAUCUUCUCUUCGCAUAACCUUGCAGAAGAAUCCAACAAAGGACGAGGAGGAGAAGUGAUUCGUACGUUUAGAUAUUGCUCGUUUUUUUUGUAUAAUAUUUUAUUUAGUUUCUUUUUCUCUAGCUAGCUAGCUAGGUUUGUUGGAUUUUAGCAUGCUAAAUUGUUUGGAAUCUUAAGCUACAAGAAUUUUAAUG